AUGAGCUUCUUCGCCUUACCCCCAGAGAUCAGGUCGAUGAUCUACCAUGACCUUCUCGUGCACAACGGACACAUCACCAUCGUGGCAGUCGACCGGCCCCUGCGGCAUUCGUCGGAGCCGCCGAUCCUCUUCGUCGAAAACCCGAUAAGGCUCCAUCCCGCCAUCCUCGGCACCAGCAAGCAGGUCCACGUAGAGGCCAUCUCGACUCUGUAUUCUCGCAAUUCCUUCCGGUUCGCACCCCUUGAGCCGAGCUAUGACCGCGGUGUCGACUCCGUGCCCGUCUUCCUGCAACGCAUCGGGACGCAAGCAGCGGGUAGCAUCCGGCGAGUGUGCAUCGACUUCCCGACGGAUUCCAACCUCGACAGGCUCGACCGGUUGCUAGUAGAUGAGCUCGGCAACCACGACAACAAUCAUUUCGCCGAGCACCUAGAUCUGAUCGAGGCACGGGUCGCAGGCUCCCCGUCGUUGAAAUGCGUCAAGAUCCACAUCCGGCUGGUGAGCCGGCAACAAGACGCCCACAGCGGCGGCCAGCAGUGGGCAAGCCACAAGGAUUCUCUGUUUCAGCAGAUACACAGCCGUGGAUGGACCGCCAACAUCACCAGAGUUCCCAGCGUUGUGACCCGCCGUCAUGGCACACUGCGGAUCGGCAGCGCUGGCCUCCACUGGCACAACGAGUUGUGGCUGAUGGUGAGUGGCAUCGACGAUCUUCAGAAGCUUGAAGAAGUCAUAUGGGACCUGGAAAUGAUGCGUAUCAGAUACAUUCAACGCCGCCAUCGCGUGCUUUCCCUCAUUGCGAUCAUGAAGCGCAGUGCGGCUACCUAA